UAUGGUCUAUAUUAUGAAGCUCUGAACAAGAGAGGAGGACGUUUUCUAUCUUUGUUGAGGAUUUUUAUGCAGCAUGAGAGAGCUGGUGAUAUUAGCAGUGCUGGUCUCGGCUUUACACGCAGCUAGUCUCCCGAAAGACAGCAGCGUGGAAUAUAAUUGCCAGGAAAAUCAGGACAACAACGCUGUAUUAGCAGCCGAGCAGUUCAUCAAUGCACAUCACCACCAUGGAUAUAAAUUCAGGUUUGUGUCCCAGGACAGCCGCAGCGCAGAGAAGAAAGCUGAUUCUUGCGAAGUCGUCUUUGGAGUUACCUUGGAGGAAACCGAAUGUCACAUUGUGAAUCCCAAACCUUUAGAUCAGUGUGACAGGAGACUGGAAACAGAGACGAAAGUGACUGCCAAAUGUAACGUGACCGUCUCCAGUUCUGAGGGGAAGGCAGCGGUGAAACGCUACAACUGUGACACCGAACCAGCUUCACAUGAAGAUCUUGUGAAGAAAUGCCCCGACUGCCCCAGUCUUCUACCCUUGCAUGAACCCAAGGCUCUAGAGAGUGUGAACGCUGCCCUGGCCAAGUUUAACAAACAAUCCAACCACAAGUCUUACUUUAAACUGAUGGAAGUGGGAAGGAUCAGCACACAGUGGAUGCCUAUGGGUCAAAGCUACUUUGCUCAGUUUGCCAUUAUGGAGACAAACUGUACAAAAAAGGAUGCUCCCCAAAACCUAGAAGCAUGCAAGGCUUUAUGUGGAGAUCAGGCAAGUUAUGGCUUCUGUAAGUCCAGUAAAGUUGGAUCUGAGGAACCAGAAGUGGAAUGUGAGAUUUACGUGGAUCAGAACUUCACUCAUCCCAUGCAACACCCCGCUCAGUCAAGAAGAGACUGCAAAUUUCAUGACCACCGCCCAGGGAGCGUUCACCCACUCUGGCCAGACCAUGGAGGACACUGGGACAAGGGUCAUGGUCACAGGGGACAUCCCGAACGUGGAGACAAAGACAAAAAACAUGACCACGGGGGUCGUCCUGAACACGGAGGUCGUCCAGAGCAUGCACAUGGAGACAAGGACAAAAAACAUGAUCACGGGGGUCGUCCUGAACAUGGAGGUCGUCCAGAGCAUGCACAUGGAGACAAGGACAAAAAACCUGGUCAUGGUGGCCGUCCUGAACAUGGGGGUCGUCCAGAGCAUGCACAUGGAGAAAAGGACAAAAAACCUGAUCAUGUGGGCCGUCCUGAACACGGAGGCCAACCUGAACGUGGAGACGAAGGCAAAAAACUUGAUCACGGAGGCCGUCCUGAACAUGGGGGUCGUCCAGAGCACGCACAUGGAGACAAGGACAAAAAACAUGAUCACAGAUUGCAUCCCGAACACCCCUGUCCAAAAAGUCCUUCAGGGGUCCCAGAGCCUCCACCCGAGGGGGGUCGCCAUGAAUUCCCGUGCCACGGCUAUGUAAAAAUCCCCCCCUCUAUUUAUCCGAUAUGCCCCUUCCCUCCGCCUCGUCUGUGCAGGGGCCCCCCAGACCUCCCUCGGCCAACAUCUUCUCCUAAACAGUAACUAAAACUGGAAAAGUUUAUUGGAUUUUCAUCCCAUGUGACUCAGUUGAAAGAUUCAAUCAUUCAGUGUACAUGUCUGCUGAAUGUUCAGUCAAUAAAUAUUCUUGUCUGACAAA